CAGCUUAAAACAGGCGAGGGAGAAACUUCUGCGAGGGACAGUGAGGAGAGGAGCAACUCUGAGGUCCUUCUUCCUGGCUCCCACGUUACCGUCAUUUUUACCUAUUUCCUCCCCCUCCCGCAGGUGUGAUGGAGACAGGUGGCACUAAUGGGAGUAUAUUUGGCCAGACGCAGUUUACUGGGGAGGAGCAGUCAGCCAUCCAGAAUGUCCUGCAGCAGAAGCUCGGGGCGGCCUUCAUCAGCCAGCGCAGUGGGCCGGGGGGGCAGCGGCUGGCCUACAUCGAGGGCUGGAGGAUCAUCAGUCUGGCCAACGAGAUCUUCGGAUUUAACGGCUGGAGUCAUUCCGUCACCGACCAGACCAUUGACUUUGUUGACCACUACAAUGGACGCUACUACGUGGGUGUGAGCGCCAAGGUUCGUGUGCAGCUCAAGGAUGGAGUGUUUCAUGAGGACAUCGGCUACGGCGUGUGUGAGGGGAUGAAGAGCAAAGCCUUGUCCCUGGAGAAGGCUCGGAAGGAAGCAGCAACAGACGGCAUGAAGCGCGCCCUGAAGAGCUUCGGACACGCCAUGGGGAACUGCCUCAACGAUAAGAAUUACAUCCGCUUCAUUGGCAAGGCCCCAGCUCCACCCCCGGCCCCCCUAUGCCAGUCAGACCUCUUGGAGUCGAACACCACGUCAGGUCUGGCCCAGCUGCGUCGGCGCGUCUUGGAGGAAGGCAAACAGAAGAAACGUCAUGAAAACCAACGUAUGUCGAUCUCAGAGCCAAAGGCGAGCACCAGCACAGACAUCAACCCAGGAAUGAACCAGUGGAGCAUAGGAGACAGGACACCCAGCAUGAAGGUACCAAAGAGAGAGACGGCAACUCCCCCUAGAACCACCACCACCACUACUACCACCACCAACACCACCACAAGCACCACACACUCGACGAACAAACCAGCCGUGAAUGCCAACCCAGGGAGCAACCUUAGCAACCUCGGCAGCUUAAGCAAACCGGAAACGUCCUCGGUACCAGGAAAGACCGAUUGUGGGAUGGUGACUUGGCCCCCACCAGCUCCUAGGCCACCACCAACAUCCUUAGACAAAAAAACAGGCAUGGAGUCAUCUGUAGGAGCCCCCACAGAGUCCUCAUCCGUGAAGAAGCCGAGUAAUCUAUCGACGGAAGACCCUACGAUUUUGGAAUGUGAGAAUCUGUUACUAGGCGACAAGGACCCAUUUUCUGAAGGCGAUUUGGGUGACAUUCCCGCUGAGACGUUGAUCCAGGCAGAGGCUCAAGCAAACUCUGACAAGUCUUUCCUUCCUCCUCUUCCUCCUCCUCCUCUUGCUCCUCCUAUACCCCUCCCUCCUCCUCCUCCUCCUCCUCCUGCUCCCUCUUCUUCUGGUCUCUCUGCGCCUCAACCACAAGUCGCCGAUAUCAAGAAACAGGAUGAGAAUGAAAGGGAACCGUCACCAAAUUCCUUCAUCGGAUUCACGGCAGAGAUGAUCAACGUGUCGCCAAAUGCCAAGAUCUUCAACUCACGAUUCAAGGACAACCGGCAGGAGAGGAAGAGACGGCAGCAGGAGAAGCAGAAGGAGUACAGGAUGAAGAUGAUGAAGAAGAAGAACAGUAAUGCGGCAGAGUCCCCCUCAGCGCACUUCGCUAACCUGAACGACUCGACGGAGAAUGACAUCUUGUGGGACGACGAGAACCUGGUGGCUGAGGAUGACCCGAGCUUCUGGGCCCAACUGAUGACCCAGCAGCUUAUUGAGGCACAAGAGGAGGCCCAGAUGACUGAAUCCUUUGCCUUCUCUCUCGGCCUGACCCCCUCACGCACCAAGGAGCGCUUCGAAAACCAGCAGUCGAACAUAUGCCAAGUGGGACGUGCCUCCUCCUCCGCUGCCUUUGCCAUGUCAAGUGCUUCGGUUAACAAGGGUGUGUGCGGUAAGCCGGUCAACAUCCCCACACGGCAAAACGUGUCCAAGAACGGUAAAUCGCUCUACGGUAGACAGGUUAAUGGCACAAAUGGCAAGUCCAGCCCGGGCGUGAGUCAGUACGGCAAGUUUGCGUCGCCACACACACACAGGCCUUUACUGACGGACUACGCGCAUGUGAAGGUUGAGCAGGAUAUGAGUGGGGUCGGUGCAGGGGGUGUGGGGUUUGGUGACGGAACGGAGGAUGGCUUGCUCUGGCGGUCCCCUCGUGUCAAUAAGGGAAACACACACAAAUAUGAAGACUUUAGCGUUCAAAUGUCGCGGAGUAAUGGAUUUGUUGACGGCAGGAAGAGCCCAUUGUUCCCACAAAAGAAAAGGAGAAUGGAUGACACUGUGUAGGAACCUAGCAGUAGUAUAUUGAUAUUUUGUACAGUAGGAUGAGAAAUAAGGAAUUGAAUAGUGUGUUCGUAAAGCAUCGGAAGAGUCCAGUAUUCUCUAGCAAGAAGAGUGGAAUGGACGACACAGUGUAGGAACCUGAGAGUAAAUACAUUGACUUUGGUACAGGAAGAUCAAAAUAAUAAAGGAUUGAAUAAGUGGUGUGUCCAAAAAAUCCAUAAGAGGAGAAUUGAUGAUCCAGUAUAAGGUUGUAACUAUAUUAUAUUUUUUGUACAGUAGGAUCCUAAACAAUAAGGAAUUGAAAAUCACGCCCGAUAAUUAUUGCAUCGGAAAAGUUCAUAAUUCCCUAACAAAAACAAAAACAAAAAAAUGAACGACAGUAAAAGAACUUAACAGAACAUUGAUUUUUGUACAGUAGCAUCCUGAAAAAUAAGGAAUUAAAGACCACGCCCGAUAAUUAUUGCAUCGGAAAAGUCAAUUAUUCCCUAACAAGAAGAGGAGAAUGGGCGAGACAGUAUAAGGAUCUAACUACCUUGAUUCUUUGUACAGUAGGAUCCAAAGAGGAAUUGAAGAGUGCAACUUAUAAUUAGCCCACCGAAGGAGCUCAUUAUUCCCCUGACAAGAAGAGGAGAGAAGAGAAAAGAAGAGAGAAGAAGAGAAGAAAAAAUGGAGCGCAGAAUAAGAAUGUAACUAUAUUGAUUUUUGUACAGUGGGAAUGUAAAUUAUAAGGAGUUCAAUUGUGUAUCUUGCUAGUUGUGUCGAGAGAGUUGAUUUUAUCUCUCUAAGAAAACAGGGAAUGGACAACAGUAUUGGAACGUAACUGUAUCGAUUUUUUAUACAGUAGAAUACGACAUGAUGAGGAAUUCAGUAAUGUGAUUUGUUAGUUGUGUGAGGUACAAAUUAUUCGACCAAAAAUUAUCUAGUAGGCGGAAAGUUCUCGGAUUGUGGAACCGAUUAAUUUAAAAAGAUGAAAGUCAAAGAGGAAUUGAUAAGUCGCAGCCUGGUAGUUUGCAUUCAUAUCCAUAAGCUCAUUUGUUUGCCAUGUUUCUGUGUUCAUGUUAUUAUUUUUAUCAUCAUUAUUAUUAUUAUUAUUUUAUUAUUUUUUUUUUUUUUCUCAUCGCUGCAGUUAAAAGGAAGUUACUUUCGACUUCAAGGGCCGUAUUGUAAGUCGAAUCCGGGAAGUUCAGGUCCCUACAGAGAUUAGGAUACAUAACAUUGUAGGGACCCAAAACUUCUUGGAUUCGACUUGUGAUACGGCCUCUAAACUGAACUCUGUAGGGACCCAAAACUUCUCGGAUUCGACUUGUAAUACAACCCAAAAUGUAGACGUUUGUGGAAAAUUUAACUUGAACAAAAUAAAGAAUAGAUGAAAAAUAGAUAAGCUCAUCUCAAAAAGAAUAUACAGGAAAAGUUAGUUAUUUGGAAUUUAUUUAGUCUGAAAAUUUGGAUACGUAGAAAGUAUGAAUUUCUUAAAACACCUUUCAUCCUAGUUUAUAUAUCUAUUAUUAUCAUUUCUUUUAUUUCUGUUAUUAUCUCAUUUAUUCCGAGUUGAUUUAGUCUGGAAAUUUAAAUACAUAGCCAGUAGGAUUUUUUGAAAUACAGGAAACCAUUAGUAAAAAACCCAUUUAUUCUAGUUUACAUUUAUUUCUAUUAUUGUCUUAUUUAUCAUUUUUCUAUUCCAUUAUUUUUUUCUAUACAUAUCUUGGACAAUUCACAAAACACCAUUAUUAAAAAAAGCAUAUUAGUUUAUAUUUAUUUCUAUUAUUAUCAUUUUUGUAAUUUUUCUGUUUUAUUUUAUUUCAUUUAUUUAUUUAUUUGAUUUUUUUGUAUGCAUAUCCUUGACAAUUCAUAUAGCAUCAUUUUAUACAUGCAUUGGAAUAAUUUAAUCCCAUUCUUCAUUAAACUUCAAGCUGUGAACACCAAACAUUUAUUAGUAAGCGUUAUCAUUCAGUCUUGUUUACCAGCACACUGGUAUGCUAAUAGUCAUGAGUACAUAAUCCCCUUAAGCUUAUUAUACAACUUCAAUUCAGCUCUCUUAUUUAUCACUGAAACUUAUUGUCAAGCCUUUUUUCUCUGGUUUAAAGUGCUAAUGUGACAGAGAUGAACGCUAAGGCCUUGAGUAUAUGUUUUAAGCUUACACAGUACCAACUCAAGUCUUCUUAAGCUUGUGUAACUUAUUGAAGCUUAUUGUUAAGUCAUAUUUCUGGUUUUAAGUACUAAUGUGACAGAGAUGAACACUGAGGCACUGAGUACAUUUUUUUUAGCUUAGUACAACUUCAACUCAACUCUUCCUAAGGUUGUGUAACUUAUUGAAGCUUACUGUCACAUAAGUCCUCUCUGAUUUCAAGUGCCAGUGUGACGGAGAUGAGCGCUGAGGCCUUGAGUACAUUAUCUUUUAAGUUUAAUAUACAAUGUCAACUCAAUCCUCUUAUUUGUCAUUGAAGCAUAUUGUGAUGUGUCCCCUCGGAGGCCUCGUACAGGAGUGGCUGACUAUGUUUGGUGAUGAAAUACAGUCUGAAUACAUGUU